AUGGCACCAGAGGUGGGCCUAUCGCGCUCUACCUUUGCCAAACUCUCACCUCACCCGUAUCUCCUCGCAAACCUCGAACCAUCCGACGACUCGACCCCCCCUGCGCGAAGCAAUGGCCGGGCUCCUUUUGAGGUUCGGAAACCUACAGUGAAUCUGUCCAGCUUGUCACAUGCCCACGGAAGUGCUCUGGUGCGGACAGGAGACACCACGGUCAUUUGCGGAAUCCGCGCCGAAACUAUCCUGACAGAAAAUAUCCCCAACUACCGCGCAUCCAAUACAGAGACGGAGUUAUCCGAUUACGACUUAUUGGUCCCGAACAUUGAACUUGCCACCGGAUCUGCACCACAAUUCUUGCCUGGCGGUCCGCCCACGACGCUCGCCCAAACAUUGAGCACCAAAAUUUACUCUCUUCUACAUAGCUCCAAGCUCCUACGAGCAGAGGACUUGCGGAUAUGGCACAGCCGACCGGCCGAAACCUCAUUCGCAGAUGAGGAAGAAGGAGCUGAAGAGAGUGAGCCAAAGGAAGGAGAAAAAUAUGUAGUGGCAUACUGGGUAUUAUACAUUGAUCUCUUCUUCAUCUCUUUCGACGGCAACCCGUUUGAUGCGGCAUGGGCAGCAACGGUGGCUGCUUUACGCGAUACAAAACUGCCUCAGGCUCGUUACGACCCAGACAGGGAGAUGAUUCUCUGCUCCAGGAAAGAUCCUAAGCCCCUUACUGUGGAAAGCAUGCCUAUUUCAUGUACGGCAGUCAUUUUCACCGGCAAAGAGACGAAAGACCAGCCUGCGGAUGGAAAAUUCUGGCUGCUAGCCGAUCCAGAUACCUUGGAGGAGUCAUUAUGCGACGAGACAGUCACAAUUGUCAUUGACUGCACUGGAGGCUCAAGAAGGAUUCUGUCCAUCUCGAAGCAUGGAGGCACGGUCAUGACAGCGAAGCUACUGACAUCGAAGGAAUUCCUCGAUUGGGCAAGCACGCGGUGGGAGGACUUUGCGUCAGCAAUAACUGGCAGCCAUUAA